UCUUCCCUGCAGUGGCUCAGCGGGUGAGCUGCGCGGUGCUGCGUCAUCGGCAGUGGCCGGUUUGAAUGAGACUCGUCGCACCGGAGCCGCCGCCACCUCCACUGCCGCGCGUUCGCCUCGGCCGCCACUACCACCAGUCUUCUUCUGGACCCUCUUCCUUCGCCGCCCGUGCCAGGCUAGCCUCCUGCUCCGCCGCCGGCCCCUCGCGACCCGCCAUGCCACUGUACUCUGUUACUGUAAAAUGGGGAAAGGAGAAAUUUGAAGGUGUAGAAUUGAAUACUGAUGAACCUCCAAUGGUAUUCAAGGCUCAGCUUUUUGCAUUGACUGGAGUACAGCCGGCCAGACAAAAAGUUAUGGUGAAAGGAGGAACAUUGAAGGAUGAUGAUUGGGGAAACAUCAAAAUUAAAAAUGGAAUGACUCUGCUAAUGAUGGGCUCAGCAGAUGCUCUUCCUGAAGAACCUUCAGCUAAAACUGUCUUUGUAGAAGACAUGACAGAAGAGCAAUUAGCAUCUGCUAUGGAAUUACCAUGUGGAUUGACAAACCUUGGUAACACUUGUUAUAUGAAUGCUACAGUUCAGUGUAUUCGUUCUGUGCCGGAACUCAAAGAUGCCCUUAAAAGGUAUGCAGGUGCCUUGAGAGCUUCAGGGGAAAUGGCUUCAGCACAGUAUAUUACUGCAGCCCUUAGAGAUUUGUUUGAUUCCAUGGAUAAAACUUCUUCUAGUAUUCCACCUAUUAUUCUACUGCAGUUUUUGCACAUGGCUUUCCCACAGUUUGCGGAGAAGGGUGAACAAGGACAAUAUCUUCAACAGGAUGCUAAUGAAUGUUGGAUACAGAUGAUGAGAGUAUUGCAGCAGAAAUUGGAAGCCAUAGAGGAUGAUUCUGUUAAAGAGACAGAUUCUUCAUCUGCAUCAGCAGUGACACCUUCUAAAAAGAAAAGCCUAAUUGAUCAAUUCUUUGGUCUUGAAUUUGAAACUACCAUGAAAUGUACAGAAUCUGAAGAAGAAGAAGUCACCAAAGGAAAGGAAAAUCAGCUUCAGCUUAGCUGUUUUAUCAAUCAGGAAGUCAAGUAUCUUUUUACAGGACUUAAAUUGCGACUCCAGGAAGAGAUCACCAAACAGUCGCCAACGUUGCAAAGAAAUGCUUUAUACAUCAAAUCUUCGAAGAUCAGUCGGCUACCUGCUUACUUAACCAUUCAGAUGGUUCGAUUUUUUUAUAAAGAAAAGGAAUCUGUAAAUGCCAAAGUUCUUAAGGAUGUUAAAUUUCCUCUUAUGUUGGAUGUGUAUGAACUAUGUACGCCAGAACUUCAAGAGAAAAUGGUUUCUUUUCGUUCAAAAUUCAAGGAUCUAGAAGAUAAAAGAGUGAAUCAGCAGCCCAAUGCCUGUGACAAGAAGGGUAGUCCCCAGAAGGAAGUUAAGUAUGAACCUUUUUCAUUUGCAGAUGAUAUCGGCUCCAAUAAUUGUGGAUACUAUGACUUGCAAGCUGUGCUAACACACCAGGGAAGGUCUAGUUCUUCAGGUCAUUAUGUAUCAUGGGUGAAAAGAAAACAAGAUGAAUGGAUCAAGUUUGAUGAUGAUAAGGUCAGCAUUGUAACACCAGAAGAUAUCCUGCGGCUGUCUGGUGGUGGAGACUGGCACAUUGCUUAUGUUCUACUUUAUGGGCCUCGCAGAGUUGAAGUAAUGGAAGAAGAAAGUGAACAAUAAUCUUUAAUUUACUAUUUAUGCUUAGGUGUGAAAUACAUGUUACUUGUUGAUCAUUUCUAUAAUCCAGAGCUUUAAAGGAGGACAAAGUGGUUUUAUCUGUUUCCUCUCAUGUGGAACAAGAGAGAGCAGAAUCAGACCCACUUGUGCAUCAACCUGAAAAUUAUAGAAACUUACCUUUGGAAAUGCUGCCCUGUGUAAAGGUGGCUAGAAGACAUUCUGUAAAACCUUAUUUCUUGCAUUCUUAAAAAGCCUUUCAACCAUUACCUUCUGUGGUCAAUUUUUUCCUCACCUUUUCAGCCUAAGAUUCAGCAAUGAUGUUUAUUGCAUACCUAUUACCUACUAUUUGUUAUUCUUGCAUGGUUCACAUCACCAUUCAGUAGCUGUCCAUCCUCUGCCUUAUCUAACCAAUAUUUUUCCAGGAAGAUGGAAAAGGAAGUGUUGCUCUCAUCAUGUAACUUGAGUGCUGCUGUCCACAUCCCAUACAUGGGUGCAAUCAAGUAUUUGUCCAGCCUAACUGUUGCUGGCUUUUCACGACUUUAAAAUAAAUUGUGAUCAAUAAGAGUACAUUGAUUAUACAUUUAUUAUUGUGUCUCUCUGAUGUACUAUGGUUUGUACAUUUAACUUUCCAAUGAUUUUAUAGUAAUCAGUCUUAAAAAAUGUUAAGCUCUGGUUGCUUAUUUUUAGAAAAUGAGGAUAUGUAAUUAAAAAAAAAUGGGGGGGGGAGAUUAACAGCUUUUGACCUCUAGUAUUUUGUCUUUAGUGUUGGAGCUUGGCUAAAGAUUCAAUAUGUUUUAAUACUAUACAACUUUUGCAGAUGGUUAUACUACUGUACUGUGAAGCAUCCAUUUAAAAUACUUAGUAUCUUUGCCUGCCCAUAUUCCAUUCAAAAAGCAAUGCAGAGUUGUAAAAAUAAUGGAUUCCUUUGGAUGCUGAAUGCAGUGAUGUGUAUUGAUUCAUUCCUUGGCUCAUUUGUUAUUUGUUUUUACUCUCCUGUUCCCAAAGUCCUGACGUCCAUCUCAAAGUUUAUUAUCAGUGAUUUUAAAGUUGUGGUAGAAAAUACCAAGAGUACAAGAUAUCUGAGUAUGAUUAGUUAUGUGUAUUUUAAUAUAUUCUAAUUUGUUAUUGAUCCUUGUUUUAGGAGCCCUGAUGGAUUGCUGAGGAAGGGAAAAAGGAUCACUUAUUAGUUAAUUGGUCUGAGGAUUAUCAUGACAUCUACCUUUGCUUAUUUUGUUUUAAUACUCUGCAGAGUUACAACACUAGUAACUAUUAAGAUUCCUAGAAAAUAAUGGCCAUUUUCCUCUCAAGUCUGUAAUCUAACACUAGGAGAUAAAAAUGAACAUUUCAGGGAUAUGCUUUUGUAAAUAUAUCCUGAACUAAACUCUUGACUACUGGCAAUCAAUACUUUACUUUGGUGGGAGAGUUCAAAAAAUAAAAUGGGGAGAAUGACAUCCUAAGAAUUUUAAUGAUUUAUGUUUGUGUGAUGCCUGUGUUAGCAUUCUGUUUUUAUUGUCUUACUUGGUCUGAACAAUUUUUAGAAGGAAUAAAUUUAGCAAUCAGAAUUCAGAUUUUCUGACCUGAUGGAUGAUCAGGUGAGGUAGGUUUAGGGUAAAUUAUGGAAAAGCCUUGUAUAGAAUGUAUUAAGAAUUUUAAAAUUAAAAACUGUAUUUCCUUGUCAUUAUAAAAAGCUCGAUUUCCAAAAAAGCAUUAUCCCAAAGACAUUCUUAAAGUAGAAAUUGGAUAUCUACCAGUGUUGUUUAGAACUAAGGCUAUUGUAGAAUUCAGCUUUGCAUAGGUCUUUGAGAAGGGAGAGUAGGCAAAAGUCAUCUCAAUUCCUGAAUGUGCCUUAUAUUUGCUGUGCCACUGACACUGAGGCCCUUUCAAUGUUAGAACUAUGCUAGGUCACUUCUUACCUCGCUACUGGAAAUGAGGCCCAAACAAAAGCAUUUACAGUGUUCUGUGCUCAGUAGCUCUUUUUAGGAUCAUCAAGAGUGACCUAAGCUUAUUGGGCUGAGUGCCCUUCAUGGAGCUGCUGUGUAGGAACAGUAGGUGACACUACCUAUCAUCUUCAGCCAUUACUACACAGUGUUGUGCUGUGUACAGAGUGCUCACACAUACAUCUCAUUUAAACUUCAGUAAUUCCUGGCAUAGUUUAAGGACUUGAGAGGUCAAAUGAUUUUUAGAAGGCAUAAAAAAUGAGGUUUUAGACUUCAUUUCUUUUAAAAUUAAGGUCUGGCAAACAUUUCUGUCUUAGGCCACAUAGUAAAUAUUUUAGGCUUUGUAGGCAGGCCAUCAGCUGUAACUUUCUACUGUAGUGUUUAACAGGUGACAUAGACAUUAGGAGUAAGUGUAGCUGGGUGCCAAUAAAAAUUUAAUUAUAAAAACACAUAGCAGAGCACUACUGGUAUUCUGCCUUAAAACAUGGAAAAGAACAGUCUUAAGACUUCAAAAAAUCAUUCUGGGAUUUCAGAAGAGCUAAAUUUUAUAACUACUAACAAACAGCAUGCAGGAAACUUGGUGUAAGAAUACAGCAUCCAUAAAUAGUGCUUGCUUAAUUUCAUAAUAAAUAUAUUUAACAAAAAUAAAGUUUGUGAUCUUGAGGUCACUCCACUUUGGCCAUUUUUCUAACCCACCCUUCUAUCCCCCAAACCC